AAAAAAAAUCAAUUAUUUUUCGUAUACACUAAAAAGCUUUAUGAAUGUAUCAAUUCAAAAUCCAUACAAAGUAAUAGCAGGAUAUAUCAGUACAAGUCAUCUGCAUGAUUCGUCUAGACAUCAAAUAAGUUUAGGAAUAAAAGCAGUGUUCCACCCAAAUCCGUUGGUUGUAUUUGUGUUAAUCAAAGUGAUUCCCGAGUUCCGUAAUACAUUAUUCAUCGACUAUCGACGGUUAAAAUACAAUGCAAUCGAACCAGUGGACGAAAAUUGCGAGGCUUCUUAUUGGUUUCUAACCAAACACUCAACGUAUGAGGGCAAUUUUUUUUACGAGUAUUUAUUGAUGAACCAGAUCCCAUGUCCGUAUGUGUAUUGCCAUUAUUCAAAUUCCUCGACCUGUCCGAUUAAUAAAAUUAUAAAGAAAAAUUGCAUAUCCGCUAUAGUUGUAUGUAACUAUCAUCUGAUGAGUUUUGCCGAGUUUGGACCAGAAGAUGGACGAUCUGUACUUUAUCACAAAAUCACUAACGAGGUUAUUACGUGGAUAAAACAAUUCGUAUUAUAGUCUGCACUCUGUAUUCUGUAAUGUACAUACAGAAGUAGAAAACAAAGAAUGUUAUUUGAGUAAUUUAAUAUACCUACACUUAA